AUGAGCAAUACUGUUUUCCAAGAGCUUGGUCGUGAGGUUUUGAGUAUGGCUGGCGGCUUGGUAUCAUCCCUCAAAGCUCAAGCGUCGGCAGAGAAGGAGAAAAGAGUCAACGUCACCGCGGACAACAAACUAAAGACACCUUCGCUUGUUGUUUUCCAUGGUUUCUUCUUCUCGUUCUUUGUUCUUUACGUCUGCGCCUGGGCUGGUGUCUUUCGGUACUUGGGAAAACGAACCAACACAAAGGGGGAUGGAUCCUAA